AGAGAAAGAAAGAAGAGAGAGAAAGAAAGAAGAGAGAGAAAGAAAGAGACAGGAGUGGAUACAAAUCUUGUUGGGAACUGAAACACCACCAGACAAGGAAGAGGGAUAUUUUUUGUAUCUUUUUCUAUAUAUAUAUAUAAUAUAUAUAUAUAUAUAUAUAUAUAUCUCCCACUCACUCACUCACACUCACACACUCACAGAAAACAGCUACAAUGGAUGGAUAUUGCAUCCCAGCCUCACUCGGUGAGAUACAUUUCAUCUUGUGUCGAGAUGGAGGAGAAAGAGAAGAAGGUGCGAAACACUGAUCCGGAUUUCGCUGUCUUUUGUGUUACUCUGUGACUUAGUUGUUGGUGGUGGUGGAGGAGGAGGAGAAGAAGGAAGGAAGAAAGAAAGGAAGGAGAGAAAAAGAGCGAAAGAGUCAGCCAGCCAGCGAAUGGGUCGGAGCUUACAGAUGUUCUCCUGCGGGAAAGAGAGAGUGAGUGAGAGUAAGUAAGGGAAGAGAGAGAGAGAGAGAGAGAGUGAGUGAAUAGAUAGAUAGAAGUGAGCAGUCAGGAAUCUGCUCUGCUCUGGUGGGACUUUUCCUGGAGGAAGGAGAAACACACGUUUGAUUCACUCUCGCGUUGCUGUUUUUAUCCUGGGAUUUGUAUUAUUAUCAUUAUUAUUAUUAUCAUAAUUAUUAUUAUCAUCAUCGAGUAAUUGUCUGACUCCCUGUCCUGUCCUGUGGGCUGGCGUUUGCGGACAAGGAAACACACAGACAGACAGACAGACAGACAGACACACACCAUGUCUCAGAGUUUGUUGCAGGGGAAGAGGUUUUUCUGCAGGGAGUGGGUCUUCCACAAGCUCCAGCAUUGCCUACAGGAGAAGAACAGCAGCAGCAGUAAAGCGCCCUCUAACUCCAACCCCAACCCCAGUGGGAAGAGCCCGGCCGGGGGUCUGGGGGGUGUCCUGAUGAUCGGGGGUCCGGGCAGCGGGAAGACCGCCCUGUGCAGCGAGUUGCUGUGGCCCACCUGCCCCCAGCUGGUCCAGCGGGGUCUCCAGCGCCAGGCGCUCGCCUAUCACUUCUGCCAGGCUCACGACUCGGACACGCUGUGCGUCGGUAACUUCAUCCGCAGCCUGGUCUCCCAGCUCCGGGCCAGCCACCUGCUGCAGGGCUACGAGGAGCGGCUCCGGGAGGCCGCCCUGCACAGCGCCCUACAACCCGGGGAGUGCGAGAGGAACCCCGCAGAGGCCUUCAAGAGAUGUGUGCUCUUGCCACUGUUGGGAAUAAAGCCACCUUCACAGAAUCUCUUCCUAGUUGUGGAUUCUAUCGACGAGGGCUGGAACUGUACUGAUGGAGAACAGAGGCAAACGGGCCUGACACAAACAAUCGCCGAGAUCCUCGCCAGUCAUCAUGAGUUCUUCCCACCGUGGCUGCUGCUGAUCUGCUCUGCCAGGAAGCAGAGUAAAGCAGUGACUAAACUGUUCACAGGCUUCCGAAAAAUUAGCUUGGAUGAUCUGCGCAAAGCCUACAUCGUGAAAGAUGUACAGCAGUAUAUCCUGUAUCGUCUAGACCAGGAGGAGGCACUGAGGCAGCACCUGACGAAGGAAACGGCCGAGAUGCUGAACCAGCUUCACAUCAAAAGCAGCGGCUGCUUCCUGUAUCUGGAGCGGGUGCUGGACGGGGUGGUGGAGAGUUUCAUCAUGCUGCGCGAGAUUCGGGACAUUCCCGGGACGCUGAACGGGCUCUACCUCUGGCUGUGCCAGAGGCUUUUCGUGCGAAAACAGUUUGCAAAGGUCCAGCCUAUUUUGAACGUGAUCCUGGCUGCUUGCAGGCCGUUGACUAUCUUGGAGCUGUACCACGCAGUCUGGACGAAAAACAUGAGCUUGACCAUGGAGGAAUUUCAAAGGAAAUUGGACAUCUUGUCCAAGGUUCUCAGAGAUGGCCUGGGGAACACUAAAAUUCUUUUCCACUACAGCUUUGCGGAGUGGUUGCUCGACGUGAAGCACUGCACCCAGAAGUACUUGUGCAACGCGGCGGAGGGGCACAGGAUGCUGGCCAUGAGCUACACGUGCCGGGCCAAAGAGCUCUCACCGUUGGAGGUUCAGGAAUUUGCGCUGCACCUGCUCAAUUCUAACCUGCAGCUGGAACCCCAUCACCUGGCCCUGUGGAUGGUCUGGAACAACACUCCCGUGAAGGGGGCUUUGUCUACCAUGAUCCCGAAAGAGCAGGAGAUACUGCAGCUGCUCGUCAAAGCGGGAGCUCACGUCAACAGCGAGGACGACCGCACGUCUUGCAUCGUCCGGCAGGCGCUGGAAAGGGAGGACUCCAUUCGAACCCUGCUGGACAACGGCGCCUCUGUCAACCAGAGCGACUCCAAUGGACGAACGCUCUUGGCGAGCGCGGCCUACAGCGGCAAUUUGGACGUCGUGAACUUGCUGAUAUCCAGGGACGCUGACCUGGAGAUUGAAGACAGUCACGGGCAGACAGCACUUACGCUUGCCUCCAGGCAGGGACACACCAAGGUCGUGAACUGCCUGAUUGGACACGGCGCCAACAUCAACCACAACGACCAGGACGGCUGGACGGCCCUGAGGUCGGCCGCUUGGGGGGGCCACACGGAGGUGGUGUCCGCCCUUCUCUACGCGGGGGCCAAGGUGGAUUGCGCGGACGCGGACAGCCGCACCGCGCUGCGGGCCGCGGCCUGGGGGGGCCACGAGGACAUCGUGCUGAACCUGCUCCAGCAUGGAGCGGAGGUGAACAAGGCGGAUAACGAAGGGAGGACCGCGCUCAUUGCCGCGGCCUACAUGGGCCACAGGGAGAUCGUGGAGCACCUGGUGGACCACGGGGCGGAGAUCAACCACGAGGACGUGGACGGCAGGACGGCGCUGUCGGUGGCCGCGCUCUGCGUGCCCGCCAGCAAGGGCCAUGCCUCGGUGGUCAGCUUGCUGAUCGACCGGGGGGCCGAGGUGGAUCACUGCGACAAGGACGGGAUGACCCCGCUCCUGGUGGCCGCCUACGAGGGCCACGUGGACGUCGUUGACCUGCUCCUGGAAGGAGGGGCGGACGUGGACCACACGGACAACAAUGGCCGCACCCCGCUCCUGGCGGCCGCCUCCAUGGGCCAUGCGUCGGUGGUGAAUACGCUGCUGUUCUGGGGGGCGGCCGUGGACACCAUCGACAGCGAGGGCAGAACCGUGCUGAGCAUAGCCUCCGCCCAGGGCAACGUGGAAGUGGUGCGCACUCUGCUGGACAGAGGCCUGGACGAGAACCACAGGGACGACGCCGGCUGGACGCCGCUGCACAUGGCGGCCUUCGAGGGCCACCGGCUGGUGUGCGAGGCGCUGAUCGAGCAGGGGGCCCGGACCAACGAGGUGGACAACGACGGCAGGAUCCCCCUGAUCCUGGCCGCCCAGGAGGGCCACUACGACUGCGUGCAGGUCGUGCUGGAGAACAAGUCCAACGUGGACCAGCGCGGCUACGACGGGAGGAACGCGCUGCGGGCGGCCUCGCUGGAGAGCCACCGCGACGUCGUGGAGCUGCUCCUGAGCCACGGGGCUGACGUCGACUGCAAGGACGCGGACGGCCGGCCCACGCUGUACAUCCUGGCCCUGGAGAACCAGCUGGCCAUGGCCGAGUACCUGCUGGAGAACGGGGCCGACGUGGAGAGCACCGACGCCGAGGGCCGGACGGCCCUGCAUGUGUCCUGCUGGCAGGGCCACCUGGAGAUGGCGCGGCUGCUGCUGAGCGACCGGGCUGACGUGAACGCCGCGGACAACGAGAGACGGUCAGCCCUGCAGAGCUCGGCUUGGCAGGGCCACGCCCGGGUGGUGCAGCUGCUGAUCGACCACGCAGCCCUGGUGGAUCACACGUGCAACCAAGGGGCCACGGCCCUGUGCAUCGCCGCCCAAGAGGGCCACGCCGUGGUGGUGCAGACGCUCCUGGAGCACGGGGCUGACCCCAACCACGCGGACCAGUUCGGCCGCACCGCCAUGCGGGUGGCGGCCAAGGGCGGCCACACCCAGAUCAUCAAGCUGCUGGAGAAGUACGGGGCCAGCAGCCUGAACGGGUGCAGCCCCUCCCCGGUUCACACCAUGGAGCAGACCGGCCCUCAGUCCGUCGCCACGAAGACGCGCUCGCUCACCAUCAAGUCCAACAGCUCAGGCAGCACGGGCGGCGGCGGCGGGGGGGACCUGCAGGCCGCCAUGCGCGGGCUGACCAACGGCCCGCAGCACCCCUUCAGCUCGCCUUCCGAAUCCCCGGACUCCACGGUCGACCGGCAGAAGUCCUCGCUGUCCAACAACUCGCUCAAGAGCUCCAAGAACUCUUCCCUCCGCACGACCUCGUCCACCGCCACGGCGCAAACCGUGCCGAUGGACAGUUUCCACGGCAUGUCCUUCACGGAGCAGAUACAGCAGCACUCGCUGCCUCGCAGCCGGAGCAGGCAGUCCAUCGUGUCGCCCUCGUCGACCACCCGUUCGAUAGGACAGUACCCGGGCUCCCCCGGCAGUGAGUGUGAAUGGGGGGUGGGGAAGCCCAAUGCCAGGUCCGGUAAAGGUAGCAAAGGGGGGGUACGCAAUGAGCCCAGCGAGGGCUCCAACAAAGCCGGCUCCUCUGGCAAGAGGACAUCUCAGGGCAAACCGGGCAGUUCCUCUCAGCCCAAGGUUCCCGAAUACGAAAUGACGCAGCUGGACAAGCGCACGGCCGCCACUAAAGCCUCGCCAAAUCAGCCCGCCUCGCUGAAACAAGCGUCCACCGAGUCGCAGUGUAAAAUACUGAUACCACACAGCCCGCAGGAAACCGUGAGGUCCCAGCAGCAAUUCCUCAUCCAGCAGCACGUGGAGCAAAAGAAAAGGAACGGCAUCAUGACCAACCCUAACUACCUGCAGGGGAAUCCGGUGUACCUGGGCAGGGUAGCUGUUCCAAGGAGCGGAACAGAGCGGGGACACAACGAAUGUUUGGAAGGUUAUCCACUCACGGAAACAGAACUGAGCCUCAAUCAAGCCCUCAAACUGCAAAUUGAGGGGACAGACCCCAGCUAUAACUGUAAGAAGGAGACACCAUUGUAGUAGAGCAAUGUUAAGGACCUUCGUUGAAGAAGUGCAGAAUUUCAUUCCCAUCGUUCUUUGCUGCCAGUUCUCAGAAGGUACUGAAUCCAAGGGACAGCCUCAAUGGAACAUGAGCCUGACUGAUGGACCCCAGCCUAGACGGUGCCUCCACUCCCUGAAAAUGACGGAGGGAAAGAGACUUUAACGGCUGCACACAGGUCGCAUACGAAAAAAAACAGUGCCUAUGUCUAAAGGCUGCCUUUCAAGUGUAACCCUCUUUUGCUUUAUAUAUUUGUUUUGUGUACUUUGUAUUUAAUACACAUUGUAUGCACUUUUUCAUAAAGACAAAACAGUAUAUUACAGCUCAACUGCAGUCGUUGUUGAAAUAACGCAAUGGGAGAGAAAUCGUGUGUGUGCGCAGAAUGUGAAUCAGAACGCC